AUGAGGGCCUCAUGUUGUACGUUUUUAGUAUUGUUAAUUCAAAAUAACUUUCCUAAAACAGAGUCUAAUACCGAGACAUGUUCUAGUGAAAAUUCGUGUACUGAAAAAUUAUCAGACACAAAUAAAUAUUCUAAAGAAAGUAAUGAAUGGACUUCAAAAAUCAAAAGAUCAAUUGAACUCGCGGAGAUUCAGUACGUACCAUGCAAAUCUGUAAAUUGUUCCUGCCACUCUAAAGUCAUAGAUGAUGAUCUAGCACCAUUUAAAACAGGCAUAACUAAAGAGAUGGUAGCAAGCGCUUUUUCCAAAGGCACUAAGUAUCAGAUAAUAGAUAAAAAGCUUUAUAGACAAAUAGAUUGCCAUUUCCCAGCUAGGUGUGCUGGAGUUGAGCACUACUUAAAGGAGUUAUCAGCCAAGAUGCCAAACAUAGAGCUAUCAGUCAAUACAAGAGAUUGGCCACAAGUGAAUCCCCAAUGGGGCCAUAAAAAUGUACCUGUAUUUUCAUUUAGUAAGACUAAAGAUUACUCGGAUAUAAUGUAUCCAGCUUGGAGCUUUUGGGAAGGCGGGCCUGCAAUAUCAUUGUACCCUACUGGGAUUGGCCGCUGGGAUCAACAUAGACGAUCAAUAACUGCAGUCGCUGAUAAGGUGCCAUGGGAGAAAAAGGUGGCCCAAGCAUUUUUUAGAGGUUCAAGAACUAGUGAAGAAAGAGAUGCAUUGAUAUUGCUAUCUCGAUCUCAACCAGAUCUUGUAGAUGCUAGGUAUACGAAAAACCAGGCAUGGAAAUCAGAUGCUGAUACUUUGUUUGCCGAACCAGCAAAAGAAGUUUCAUUUGAAGACCAUUGCAAAUAUAAAUAUCUAUUUAACUACCGAGGUGUGGCAGCAAGUUUUAGAUUAAAACACUUAUUUCUAUGCAAAUCCUUAGUGUUUCAUGUAGGCGAGGAUUGGCUGGAAUUCUUUUAUCCAUCUCUUAAGCCUUGGAUACAUUACAUCCCAAUAAACUCGAAGGCUACACAAGAAGAUAUACUUAACUAUAUAAUUUUUUUCAAAAACAAUGAUUCAUUAGCAAAGGAAAUUGCAGACAGAGGUUUUCAACAUAUUUGGGACAAUUUGAAGGAAAAAGAUAUUAUUUGUUAUUGGAGAAAGUUGUUGAAGAAGUAUGCUAAACUCCUGAAGUAUGAGGUGGUCAAGAGUGAAGAUCUUCUUAGAAUAUAG